GCCUACGCGCCAACUUCCAGCAGUAGGCUAGGUCGAAGCUACCUGAGGUUUUCGGGGUUUUCGGGCCCACGCGACAAGAUACCUUCCCGCGUUCUUGCCUGAACCAUGUUCGAAAUCGUGGCCCCUGGUUCGACAAUUGCUCUUGUCCUCGUCCUUUCCUCUCUCCUUCUCACUGUUACACUCAUGAAUCCAUAUUCAAAGAAGUGGAACCCGCGUGGACUGCACUGCUAUGUGACCGGUGGUUCAGCCGGUCUUGGACUAGCUCUCGCAGUUAUUCUCGCGAAAAAGGGGGCACACGUUUCGAUAGUAGCCAGGGAUGAGGAAAAGUUACGUAUUGCUUUGGAGGAGGUCGAAAAAGCUCGUCAGAAUCCUGAGCAAAUCUUAAAGUCAUAUUCAUAUUCCUUAACUGAAGCUCAGGCCGCCGAAGACGCGUUGAAGGCAGCUUGUGAACCUCAUGGCGGCAAAGCUCCUGAUGCUAUUUUCCUAUGUGCGGGAACGGCUCGGUUGGGUUACUUUGUUGAACAAACCCCGGAAUCGCUACAGAAUGGGAUGAACAUCUCUUAUUGGAUAUCUGCAUAUACGGCUUUGGCUUAUACAAAACGGAUAGUUCAAGAAAAGAAACCUGGAAAAAUAAUAUUUGUCUCAUCUGUUAUGGGGUACAUGUCCUUUGUGGGAUACACUACUUAUUCCCCAGCGAAGCACGCCUUACGUGGUUUGGCUGAAACUCUAAGAUCAGAGCUCCUUUUAUACAAAAGCAGUGUUCAUAUCUGUUUUCCAUGCACCAUCUACAGCCCCGGUUAUAUUGAAGAAAACAAAACGAAGCCUCCCAUCACUCUAAAGAUAGAAGAAACAGAUGAUGGCCAGACCCCAGAACAAGUGGCUGAGGGGCUGUUCAGAGGCAUCCAGAACGGAAAUUUCCAUAUCACGACCGCGCUGGUGGGAAGCAUCUUUCGCUGUUCCACUCGGGGUGCGACACCGCGAAAUAAUCCCCUUCUCGAUGCGGUUUAUGGAUUGAUAGGACAUAUCGGGUUGCCUAUAUGGCGUAGGAGCGUUGACGCGACUGUUAAAGCCCACCGGGAAGACCACCAAAAAUACCUUCGAGGAAGAGGUAUUCUUACUUGAGCUCCCUCCUCUCAUAAAUGGAUAAUAUUGAUAAAUGUAGAUACCCUAGUAAUAAUAUUCCCCGAUUUAUUACCUAUUGCUCAAUACGUUUCUUCUUUCUA